AUGGCAACCCUCAACCACACUAGUAUCAGCCACUCAUUCUUCAUUCUGCUGGGCAUCCCUGGCCUGGAAGACCAGCACACAUGGAUUUCUCUUCCUUUCUUUAUUUCCUACCUGGUUGCUGUCCUUGGGAAUAUCCUCCUUGUCUUCAUCAUCAUCACUGAACGCAGUCUCCAUGAACCUAUGUACCUCUUCCUCUGCAUGCUAGCUGUGGCCGACCUCAUCCUGUCCACUACCACUGUGCCCAAAGCACUGGCCAUAUUCUGGUUCCAUGCAGGGGAGAUCUCUCUUGAUGGCUGUGUUACUCAAAUCUUUUUCAUCCACGCCACAUUCAUUGCUGAAUCAGGGAUUCUGCUGGCCAUGGCAUUUGACCGCUAUGUGGCCAUCUGUGACCCAUUGCGUUAUACUAUGGUGCUCAGUCAUACAGUAAUCAUAAAGGUUGGCUUGGCUGUGGUUCUGAGAAGCUUCUCUGUGAUACUCCCAGAUGUGUUCCUGGUGAAGAGACUGUCUUUCUGCCAUAGCAAUGUGCUACCACAUACCUACUGCGAGCACAUGGCUGUUGCCAAGUUUGCUUGUGCUGAUAUUCGUGUCAAUGUCUGGUAUGGCUUGUCUGUUCUCCUCUCUACUGUAGUGGUAGAUGCCUUGCUCAUCUUGGUUUCCUACACCCUCAUCCUCAAUGCAGUCUUCCACCUCCCUUCCCGAGGAGCCAGGCAAAAGGCCCUGGGCACAUGUGGCUCCCACCUUGGGGUCAUUUCCAUGUUCUACUUGCCUGGCAUUUUUACAAUAAUUACCCAGCGGUUUGGGCAACAUGUUCCCCUCCACACUCACAUUCUGCUGGCCAAUAUCUGCAUGUUAGCUCCUCCCAUGCUUAACCCUAUCAUUUAUGGGGUCAAGACCAAACAGAUUCGAGAGCGUGUGGUCAGUACUUUUCACAGUGGAACCAUGCUGAGUCUGUGUGACUGA